AGGUUCUUGUCACGUCACUGCUUUUUCGUGAAUGGGUUCUGGAGAGUACACGUCAACGUCAUCUCAGUUUGGUUUAUUGUUGGGUGUAAUGUUUAAAUAAAAUAAUUAUUAUUUUGUAAACCUGUGCCAUUAAACAUAUAUAGCGAUGGUGCUAAUUGCAGCAGCAGUCUGCACGAAAGCAGGCAAAACAAUUGUGUCUCGACAAUUUGUUGAAAUGACCAAAGCUAGAAUAGAGGGUUUGUUGGCUGCCUUUCCUAAAUUAAUUCCUACAGGAACUCAACAUACCUUUGUGGAAACAGAUUCAGUACGGUAUGUUUAUCAACCUCUAGAGAAACUAUAUAUGGUUCUUAUUACAACUAGAGCUAGCAACAUUUUAGAAGAUCUUGAAACCCUCCGUCUAUUUGCAAGAGUGAUUCCUGAGUACUGCAAAUCUUUAGAUGAAAGUGAAAUUGCAGAAAAUGCAUUUUCACUUAUAUUUGCUUUUGAUGAAAUAGUGGCAUUAGGUUAUAGGGAAAGUGUCAAUCUGUCUCAAAUUCGCACAUUUGUGGAAAUGGAUUCACAUGAAGAAAAAGUAUACCAAGCUGUGAGACAGACUCAAGAACGAGAGGCCAAGAAUAUGAUGAGAGAAAAGGCAAAGGAACUUCAGAGACAGAAAAUCGAAGCAGCCAAAAAAGGAGGGAAGACCUCAUAUGGUAGCAGCGGUGGUUUUGGCAGCUCGACAGGUUAUACUCCUACGCCAUCUGUCGGUGAUGUAGCUAACCAGACAAAUGAUGUUAAAACUUCAUCGUACACACCAGCCCCUGCACAAAAACCUCGGGGUAUGAAGUUAGGUGGAAAAGGUAGAGAUGUAGAAUCAUUUGUAGAUCAGCUUAAAUCGGAAGGAGAAAAUGUCAUUACUCCAAACAAAAAUAGUAUUUCACAGCCAGGAACUAAAGCUCCAGCUAUCAAAACCGACAUCGAUGAUGUUCAUUUAAGAUUGGAGGAAAAAUUAAUAGUGAGAAUAGGUCGUGAUGGUGGUGUACAACAAUUCGAAUUAUUGGGACUUGCUACUUUACACAUUGGAGAUGAGAGAUGGGGUAGGAUACGUGUGCAAUUGGAAAAUCAGAAUACCCACGGUGUUCAACUUCAAACACAUCCAAAUGUAGAUAAAGAAUUAUUCAAACUACGCUCACAGAUUGGAUUGAAACAACCGGCAAAACCUUUUCCUCUAAAUACAGAUGUUGGUGUUCUUAAGUGGAGAUUACAAAGCACCGAGGAAGCUCUAAUUCCACUGUUAAUAAAUUGCUGGCCUUCAGAAGCUGGAGAUGGUAGUUGUGAUGUUAAUAUAGAAUAUGAGCUUGCCCACACUAAUUUGGAACUAGUUGAUGUUAAUAUUGUUAUUCCUUUGCCAAUUGGAUGUUCACCUAUAGUUGGUGAAUGUGACGGUAUGUACACACACGAAGCCAAGCGUAAUCAACUGGUAUGGAAUUUGCCUCUGAUUGAUGCCAGUAAUAAGACUGGUUCUUUAGAAUUUAACGCUCCUAGGGCCAUACCCAAUGAUUUCUUCCCACUUUCCGUUGGAUUCAAUUCGAAGUCGUCCUAUGCGAGUAUUAAGAUUACCGAAGUCGUCCUGGUUGAUGAUGAUUCUCCUAUAAAAUAUUCAGUGGAGACUGCACUAUAUCCAGAUAAAUAUGAAGUAGUAUAAUGGGGCAGAAGUAAAGAAUCACUUGUAAAAAUUAUAUAACUAAUAUUAUAUCUUAUAUGCAACAUUGCUUUUUGUACAAAAGUUAAGUAACUUGUCUUUAUUUUAUCUAUAUUAAUAAAAUAAGUAAGAAAGUAGUUUAUAUAA